AUGGACCGACCGCCACAGGAACACCCGCACUCCGAGGCGCUGCUCGCGAGCAUCCUCCAGACGCCCGAUGUUGAUGUACCGGCGAGCGGGCGGCCGAGCGGGGAGACGCACGCGCACUACGUCGAGAGGCUCAAGGACCGGCGGGUCCAGCUCUCGAACCCGGAUCGCAAGCGGCCCAAUUCCGGGGGCGGCGAUGCCAGGGCGGGGAUACGGGCGGAGUCGAAGCUGACGCGGCGGAAGAGGAGGGUCAAGGCUGAGUUGGCGCGGAUCAAGCGGUUGCGGAUCGGUAUGACGCAGGAGGUUCGACGACGUGAGGAGCAGGAGGAGGGGCAGGAGGUGGAGGGGAGGAGGAGGGGGAGGGAUGAUGGGGGAAAGGAGAGGGAGACGGUCAAGGAGAAGCAGCGCGAGCUGGCCGAGAUCAAGAAGCAAGAGAGGAAGACCCGAUCCCCUUCGUCGUCGUCGUCCUCGAUGCGGACCAAGGGAAAACGGGUGGAGCGCAACGCCACCAAGCCGCUUACACGGUCGCAGCGCAAGGCAAUCGGGCUGGAACGUGUCGACGCCAACGUCGAGUACGAGCUGAUGCAGCCGCUGCACGAGCUGUGGACGUCGUACAUCCAGCAGCUGCUCGGCUUCACCGUCCUCGACGCAUCCACGUCCCAGCUCGUGCCCAACCCGAGCUUCAACCGCCCCGGCGCCGGUGCCGGCGGGGGGGUGGGGAGCUUGAACAACCUCUCUUCCGGCGCCGUCUCUGCGAUACAGGGAAGCCUGAUCAAGGCGGACCUGUGUGGCGCCCUCGUACAUGUGGUACGCUCUUCGAACCCCUCGCUCGUCAACCAGAGCGGUCUCGUGGUCAAAGAGACGGAACGCACGCUCGUCAUUGCGCCCCGACCCCGACCCCAAGCGACGUCGGGAGGCGAGUCCCAUUCCCCUUCUCCAAAGACAAGAGUCGUGCCCAAGCACAAUACCGUCUUCGCCAUCGACAUCCCGCUACCCGGCGACAACGUGGCCCUGCACAGGAGCCUCUCGACCCUCUUUUUGCGCGCCCUGUAUUUCUACACGCCACCUCAUCCAACAACCACCCAAGGUUCGAUACGACACGAUCGACGUCAUCCUUGA